GAUAUUGAAUCAUCCAUAAACCUUUAGCCCGAUCAUACCAGCAUCAACCUUUUUCUCUUUUGAAAACUGAAUUUUGAAUCUUUUAUUUGAUUAUCGCCUUUUCUGAAUUGUAAUCUGUUUUUAUUUGCUUUCAAUAAUGGAACGCUUGCCCAUCAAAGAAAUAUUUCCCUGUCUCUGGAGCGGGUGCUCAAAAUCAUUCGACGAUCCUGAACAUCUUUACACUCAUUUAACCAAUGACCAUGUUGGUAGAAAGUCAACUGGUAAUCUAUGUUUGACAUGCCAUUGGAGCAGUUGCGAAGUAACUGUUGUCAAGCGUGAUCACAUUACAAGUCAUCUGCGUGUGCAUGUACCUUUAAAACCACACCGCUGCCAAUGUUGUAAUAAAGCUUUUAAACGUCCACAAGAUUUGAAGAAGCAUGAAAAAAUACAUAAUGAAGAGCAUAUUGCUACACUUAAAUGCCAUCAUAGAUGUUCCCACCAGCAGCUUCUCAAACAGCCCUUAAUACCACCAACUUCUAUGAAUUUGAGCAGAGAUGUGUCACCUGUAUUAUCGGAAAAUCAUUCAUUAUCUCCUCUCAGUAGCACCUGCUUUGAUGACAAUUGGCUACAUGUUGCUGACUCUUCUUCAUCGACACUGUCUAAUAAGUCAGAACUGAUCCCUCAGCCUGCCUUCGCACCACAAUCUUCAGCGAAUUAUGCCGAGCAACCAGUGAAUACCAACUACUGUACGGACCAAUUAAUCAGCAGCUUCUUCUUCCCUGUGGAUACAACAGCAAAGCCCGUAGAAUAUAACACUGACGUGGCAUAUACACUGGACCGAAUACAAUCCUUUAUUGAUACAGGCGUCAUUAAUCAAUCCAGCCUCGACUUCAAAUUAGACAGUCAGCAACAGCUCAAUGAGAUAAAUGACUGGUUGCUUCAACUUUCCAGCAGCAUCCUAAAUAACUCAUCGGUACAUUCCGGACAGCUAGUUGAUUACAGUAAGCUACAUCCAUCGCAGCCCUCGCAGCAAUUCGCACAGUAUCCAUUUUCCAUCCCUUCACAAGACCCUGUGUAUCCUAUUCCAUAUGACAAUGAGAAAGAUAUGUAUGUUCGUUCCGAGCCCAUAUCUCAACAGCCUUUGCAACAGCCGGUUGUACCGAGUCAAAACCUUGCGAAUAUCAAUAAUGCAUACUUUGAUGUUCUUUUCUUAAAUCCAACGCAGUAUCAACCUGAAACAAACCUUCAUGCAGCACCGGCACAAAACAAGUUUGGUGGUAUUACAGGUUACCGCCAGCAUUAUGCAUCUAUCCCUGAUGUUUCUCUUCAAUCCUUCCAGCCUGAACUUCGAACGGCUACUAAUUACACCAAAGCUAAUGUCCCGGCCAUGUUGGAAACCAGCAAAGAGGAAACAGAGUCGUACACUCUUGCGAAAUCUGCUACUGCUAAGGAUGAGAAAAACAUUGCCACCUUAAUUAAUGCUUUCUCAGGUGCUUUUGUUGAUGCGAAUAAAGAAAACGCAAAGCAAAAAGCUGAAUUGAGAAACGCUGAUGAACAUAUUAAACGCCAAAGGGACGAUAAAGGAAAGAAAAAGGCUGCAAAGACCGUCGAAUCGAUUCAAGAAUUGCUUGUUAGCGACCUUUUUAAACUCUCGUUACAACCGAAAGAACUAUGCGAAGGAAAUGAAAUAUCGAAUCAAGAUCAUUUCCGCGACCUCUCGGGAAGCAGAAAGUCUUCUAAUAGUUCUUCGACAGCAUUGUAUCCUAACACAGCAGCUGUGUCCAUGACUGUUACCCAAAGAAACCAUUUAUUGCUUAUUAAGCAAAUGACUGAAUGGAUUAACGCAAACUUUCGGCAAAAAGAGCAAAUGAAAUCAGAAACAUCCAAAUGUGCUAUCGCAGGCGCCUCUCAAACUGCUUUAAUAUGUCAAUAAUCUAACAAUCAUCAAGGCAUUGGGUCAAGCCCCUUUGUAUAUAAUAAUGUCUUAAGACUUUAGUAAAUCAUAGCUUUUUACUAGCAACUUUUUUUUGGAGCAUUCGAGAAAAAUGAUCGUUAUACAUUACGUUUCUUUUUUUUUAUUUAUAAUAAAUCAAAUUACUAAAAUUAUUGGAAUAAAAUAAGAAAAUGAUGACAC